GACCACCGACCGUGAUUUAAGAUAAUAUACCUACCUACAUGGCAACACAUUUUUUUACGAUUCGCGAGUGAAAUGAACAUUAAAACAUGAGUUAAGACAAUAUGUCCGUAAACCAAAUUUAAUGUAGUUAUAGAGAUUUUACGUCACAUCUGAAAUGAAUGUUUUAUUUUAAAUACACGAAAAAAUGAUUACAACCUUCCAUACGAAAAUACAAUAGCCGAGCACAACAAAUACAAUCGAAGAACAAAUCAUUUUUAACAGAUAACGAAUUUAAAGAGUUCAAUUAGAAAAUCACACGGUUCCAUUUAUCAUUAAAUAUGGAUGUUAAAUUGAGUUUAAUCCUUAUACUAUCAUUGCCAUUAGUAACACCGAUACGUUGGCUUAUGCAUCCGAACACUCAAAAAUGUUUACGUGAAGAACUCAGACAAAAUGUAUUAGUCAAAGGUGAUUAUGAGAUUGCACCAAUUGAUGGUCAAUUUAUGGAUUAUAUUGUGAGGGAUUCUAAAGGACACAUCUUAGCUAAUAAACAAGACAUUACUAAAGGAAAGUUUACGUUUAGUACUGAAAAUUAUGAUAUGUUUGAAAUUUGCUUUACCUCCCGUGUACCUGGGUAUCAACGAGGAACUUUGCAGGAGGUUGCAUUAAAUAUUAAAACUGGUGUUGAGGCAAAAACAUAUGAAGGAAUUGGAGAGGUGGCUAAAUUGAAACCUUUGGAAUUGGAUCUGAAAAUGUUGGAAGAUUUAUCAUCGUCUAUUGUUCAAGAUUUUUCUGACAUGAAGCACCGUGCCGAAGAAAUGCGUAAUACAAAUGAAUCAACAAGCAGAAGAGUUCAUUGGUUUAGUAUGUUUAGUAUUAUUUGUUUAUUUGGAUUGAGUGUAUGGCAGAUCUUGUACUUAAGGAGGUAUUUUAAAGCUAAGAAACUCAUUGAGUAAUAUUAAUUUGUUUCUAUUAAAAAUGUGUUUUUUUUCUCUUACAGUCUUACAUUAAAAUAUAUAUAAAUUGUAAUUACAACUUAAUUUGGCUUAAUACAUUUUAUAUGCAUGAAGUAAUAUAUUUAAAUUUAAUAAAAAAAAUUCAAUAA